CGUCGCAGCCACCUCAUUGCACAACCCGGCUUCCCAACUGUUUACACAGCCCGGCCUGUGAGUGUGUGUGUAUACAGCGUGAGUCACCGGGAGGCGGAGGAGGUGGAGGAAAAGGAGAAGGAGGAGUGCACUGGCCGGGAUCGGUGCGGCGCACACACUCACUCACACUCAGUCACUCUCUCCGAGAGCGUCUCGCUCGCGCACUCACGCCGGGAGCCCAAGAGCGCGCCGGAUUCCGAGGCGCCGCGGAAAAGUUGCUUUGGCUUUCGCUACGAGACUUCUUGCUCUGGGAAGUGUGUUUGCUCCGUGGCUCCAGCGAGCCUGCGGAAUCCUGUGCUCGCCGCUCUGAACCUCGGGAAGGCCGGCCGCCUCUGCCUCCCCGACUGUCGGCAGCUUCGACAACAAUAGCGGCGGCUGCCGCCGUUCUGCGAGGCGCCCCGAGCAGGUACCCGCGAGGAUCCGGAGACCCAAGCGGGCCUCCGCGCCGCGGACGCGCUGCCAGCGUGAUCCCCGCGUGCACCAGGAGCGGCUCCAGCUUUGCCCCUAGUGGGGGCAGAACCAAGCUCCGUCUGCAAACUCCAUCCCCCGGGCUGGAGUAAGUCGCGGCGCCCGUCGCGCCUUUCCGGGCGGAUCCGAGGACUUAUAAAGCAGGGGCCGCCCCGGCCCUGGUCGGGAUGCGGGUCGGUCCCGUGCGCUCUGCCAUGAACGGCGUCUCGCAGCCCCGCACUCCGGCCUUGUUGCUCGCCGCCGGCCGGGGCACCCCGGCCAAACGCCUGCUGGACGCGGACGACGCGGCGGCCGUGGCGGCCAAGUGCCCACGUCUCUCCGAGUGUUCGAGCCCCCCGGACUACCUCAGCCCCCCUGGCUCUCCCUGCAGCCCGCAGCCUCCGCCCGCCGCUCCAGGGGCCGGCGGCGGCUCCGGGAGCGCGCCGGGGCCCAGCCGCAUCGCUGACUACCUGCUGCUGCCCCUGGCUGAGCGCGAGCAUGUGUCCCGGGCGCUGUGCAUCCACACCGGCCGCGAGCUGCGCUGCAAGGUGUUUCCCAUUAAACACUACCAGGACAAAAUCCGGCCUUACAUCCAGCUGCCAUCACAUAGGAAUAUCACGGGCAUCGUGGAGGUGAUCCUUGGGGAAACAAAGGCCUACGUCUUCUUUGAGAGGGACUUUGGGGACAUGCACUCCUAUGUGCGCAGCCGGAAGAGGUUGCGGGAAGAGGAGGCCGCCCGGCUCUUCAAGCAGAUUGUCUCUGCCGUCGCCCACUGCCACCAGUCAGCCAUUGUGCUGGGGGACCUGAAGCUUAGGAAGUUUGUCUUCUCCACCGAAGAGAGAACCCAGCUCAGACUGGAAAGUCUUGAAGAUACACAUAUAAUCAAGGGAGAGGAUGACGCUUUGUCAGACAAACACGGCUGCCCAGCCUAUGUGAGCCCUGAGAUUCUGAACACCACGGGGACCUACUCCGGAAAGGCAGCGGACGUUUGGAGCCUUGGGGUGAUGCUCUACACCCUUUUGGUGGGGCGCUACCCCUUCCAUGACUCAGACCCCAGUGCCCUUUUCUCCAAAAUCCGACGUGGACAGUUCUGCAUUCCUGACCACAUUUCUCCCAAAGCCAGGUGCCUCAUUCGCAGCCUCUUGAGACGGGAGCCUUCGGAGAGACUCACUGCCCCAGAGAUCUUACUCCAUCCCUGGUUUGAGUCUGUCUUGGAACCUGGGUACGUCGACUCAGAAGUAGGAACUUCCGACCAGAUUGUUCCAGAGUACCAGGAGGACAGUGACAUCAGUUCCUUCUUCUGCUAAUCCCCAAACCUCAGAAACCUCAUAAUUCUCACACAUGGCAUUUUCCAUUUCUAAAGAUGGACAGGCCUUUCGGCGUGAGGCCAACCAGACAGGUGAUGGCGUGGAGACUGUGGGUGUUGAAUUCAGCAUGGCGCCCCUUCUUUCUCAUCUUCCGGAUGCGUGACUGAGGAGGUGAGCAGCGUACACUCUGAUUGGCUGCCCUACAGAGUUGUUUUCCUCAGUGAACCUUCGCCAACUAUCCCUUUGUUGGAUUUGGGGGGUUCCACCUCUUUUCUGGGUGGCACGGAGUAUGAAUAUCCUGCAGCGUGUGAUGGAGUGAACAUUCUAAAGGGAGAGGAAAUGAAUCACACAAUGGCAUUUUGGGCAAUAACUAUAUUUUUAACAGGGUGACAGAUUACCUGGGCCAAUAAACCUGCCAUCUUCAAACUGG